AAAGAUAACUAUUUUUAGGACUAAAAAUCUCUUCUUCUUUUUUUUUCAUGUCAAUGAAUCUCAAGGUCGAGAUGAACGAUUUGAGGAAUUUCCAGUUUUCCAGUGGGUUUUUUUUAUGACACCUUAGAUAAACUUUUUCCAAUAAAGAGAUGGCAUGUGAAAGCGGCCCUCAAAAACUUCCCCAAACUUCUUUUAAUAGUGACCUAAAUUUCCUUGCAGGCCAAACUGAAAUGAUUUCCUACUUUCAAGUUUCAACCAUUGUAGUAUCAGGUCAAUGGCCUCUUGUGAAGACAUGUCUUUCUCAUUGAAUUUCUUGAACCAUUUCCCUGCCUUCAACCUUGGGUUUUUGAGCUGCCCACCUAAGCCUACUAAACCUUGACCAUCUUUUCUGGAGUUCUUGAACCAUUUCCCUGCCUUCAACGUCGGUUUUUUGAGCUGCCCACCUAAGCCUACAAAACCUUGACCAUCUUCUCUGGAUAAACCUGAAGUGCAUUCUAAUGAUGUCUGUCAUCAUUAAUCCCCUUGUCAAAAUUGUGAAAAUUUUAUUGGUUCCGGUUUCUCGGCACAUCGGGUAUCUUGUUAAGUCGAAAGAAAAGGUUUGUGAUCUGGAAGUGGAGACGUGCCGACUCAAGGACAAAAGGGCUGAUUUCAUGGCUGGAGUUGAAGUGGAAAAGAUUAAUGGGAAGGUGCUGACAAAGGAGGCGGUGGUUCCAAAGAGCACAAGAUUUGGGUCUCCAAGCAGACCAAGUGGUUGCGAGAUACAAGCGUGCGGCAAAGAAACGUCGAGAUACAAUGAUAGCAAGUGUUGCUUUGGAGGGUUGUGUCCUAAUUGCCCCUCCAACUAUAAGCUCAGCAGGCGUGCGGCAAAGAAACGUAUAAGAGUCACUGCCCACAUCGAUGUAGCCGAUUCUGUUCAAUGGACCAUGGCUGCACCACCAUCGCUAGGGAGGGAGAUGCCUGCAAGAACCAUUACAGGUCAGUACACAUUCAAGAAAAAUUUGACUGAAAUACUAAACUGCUUAAACAAUGACGAAUUGCGUAUGAUUGCUGUUCAUGGAAUGGGUGCAGUGGGAAAGACCACGCUCAUGCACCAUGUUAACAAUUGUCUCUUGGGAACUCGGGAAUUCAAUAAAAUACUAUGGGUCACUGUAUCUAGAGAUUUUAACAUCGCAAAAAUACAGAAUUCCAUUGCACGACAAAUAGGAUUGGAAUUAAAUGUGGAUGAUGAAGAGACGGUUGCUGAGAUAUUGUUUGUGAGUUUAAAUCGACAAAGAUUCAUGCUCAUCUUAGAUGAUAUGUGGGAUUUGUUGGAUAUAGAUAUGAUAAGAGUCCCUCGACCAAAUGCCCAAAAUAGGUGCAAGAUCAUAAUUACCACCCGACAGUUAGCAAUAUGCAAUCUGAUGGAGACUGAUAAAAUUAUAAAAUUGGAUGUUUUACAAAAGGGUGAUGCAUGGGACUUGUUUCGUCAUAAAGCACGAGAGGUCGUAGAUUUGCCAAACAUAGAACCCUGUGCACAUGAGAUUGUCGGGGAGUGCAGUGGACUUCCACUUGCCAUUAUCACAGUCGGUUGUGCAACGAAGGGGAAGAGUAGUGUUCAGGUGUGGGAAAAUGCAUUAAGAGCCUUGCAUGAGGCAUCACCAGAGAUAGAAGGUAUGGAACGCCAAGUCUUCUCAUCUUUAAAAUAUAGUUAUGAACGGUUGGAGCGUGACAACAUCAAAUCAUGCUUCUUAUAUUGUUCACUCUUCCCCGGAGACUAUGAAAUUGAAAAGGAUGAGUUGGUACAGUAUUGGAUAUGCGAGGGGCUCAUAGGUAGAGUAGACAGUCUAGAAUAUGCAAGCAACAAAGGGCAUGAUCGAAUUGAAAAGCUGAUAGAGUCAUGCAUGCUAGACAAGAUCCCUAGUGAUGAUACUAAAGUGAAGCUUCAUGAUUUGAUCCGUGAUGUAGCACUAUGGAUUAGUUCCUCUUCCAGAGAUUUUGGCAAGUUUUUGGUAAAAGCUGGUUUGGGACUGCAGGAAGCACCAAUGGUGAAAGACUGGAUAGAAGUUGAUCCCUUUUUGUUCAAGACUCAAAACAUUGCUACUUUAAGGAAACCAAACUUUGGAGAACAUUCCCGAUGGCUUCUUGAAAGUAUGGAGGCCCUCCAGGUGCUCAAUCUCAGUUUCACAAAACUAUGCUCACUACCUCCAUCCUUAUCAAACUUGAGUAAUCUCCUCCUUUCUUUGAGAGAUUGCAAAAACCUAGAAGACAUUCCACCCCUAGGGAAGCUCAAGCAACUCCAAGUUUUGAACUUAAGGGGCACAGGUAUCACAAGAUUGCCUCAAAAAAUGGGAGAAUUGGUCAACUUGAGGCACCUUGACCUGAGCUAUACUAGUGACCUUGAAGAAAUUGAGUAUGGGUUAAUAUCAAGGCUAACUAACUUAGAAGAGCUUGACAUGUAUGAGAGUCGAUACAUUUUGGAAAUGGAAAUGGGUGGUGCAAAAUGGGAGGAGUUGGAGGGCUUGAAACGCUUAAAGUCACUUGGCACAUUCAUCAUUCUUGACGUCAAAUUUCUUAACAUGCCUGUCGUAGAAACAAUGUUUUCACAUCUCAGAAAAUUAUACCUAUGCAAAUACCAUGGAUUGACAAAUUUUUAUCACAUAUCAGCUAUGACAUCCUUGAAAACUCUGUACAUUGAUGGGUGUCUAGAUUUGACGUGGCUUGAUAUAGGUAGGGGACCCAGCUUAGAGUGGUUGGAGCUGUACGAGUUGCCAAUGCUGAAGAACAUAAGGAGCUUCGAUGUUCCAAUUGCUUGCCAUCAUAAUAAUCUCAGACGCGUUGCAAUAAUUUGCUGUGACAGAUUGAUUAAUGUCUUUCCAUCAGUUGCGAUGUCACGUCUCCAAAACUUGGAAUUGAUUCAGAUAAUUACAUGCAACAGCAUAGAAGAGAUAAUCACUGGAGCGAUAGAGGACAGCAGACUUCCAAAAUUAAGGGACUUGAACCUCACAAGUUUGCAUUCGCUGAUGAGUGUUGGUGGGAGUGUCGGGGCCUGGUCUUCAUUGGAAGUUAUCCAGGUAACUGAUUGUCAUAAUUUGAAGAAGCUACCUGCAGGUGUGAGAGAAGAAAAACGGUCUAAGAAUAAUUAAAGGGGAACAAGAAUGGUGGGAGGGAUUGGAAGACAUAGACGAUGCGAAGUCUACUCUUCAACCUCUCUUUCACCCAGUAGAUGCUCACAUUUGAAAUGAAAAUAUUGUGAUGGGCUUAAUCUGUGCCAAUGUUCAAGAAGGUGGAUGCAGCUGCCUAGGCAGGCACCUAGACAAAAAGGUAGCGCUAAGGGAAGGGGUUGAGGUAGGGGCUGUAGUUUUGUGUGUGUGUUCUGUGAACGUGUGUAUGUAUGUGUUUAUUGUGCGCGUGGGCAUGCGCAUGUAUGUGUGUGUGUGAGGUAUCGUAUAAAAUUCUUAAAGAUCACCCUCUUCUCUUUCUUUUUUUUCUUCUUACAUGUAAAGAGGGAGCAUAUGGGUCCAUAUGCAUCUUUGUGUGUGAGUGUAAGAAAGAGAGAGAGGCCACACAUCGAACACUUAGAGUCCAUGUUCUUCUUCUUCUUCUUCUCAUAUGUAGAGAGAACGAGAGAAAGUGAGAGAAGGGCAAUACCAGGCCUUAUUUUUGUUUGGGUGGAUUUGAAGUUUUAAGUUUUUUUAAGGGAUGUCGCUAGGUGGGCGCUCAGACCGCCUAGACACCCACCUUGACUGCCUAGGCACCUGCGUUAAGCAUGCCCGCCCAGACACCACCGCCUACCUAGGCGGCAAGGCGGCCGAAUUUUUGUUCAUUUAUAUGUGCUAAGGGAAGCAAUGCAUUGAACAUCAAUUAAGCUAACGUUAUGUAUUGACUGAUGAGAGUCUGAUCCUUAAGAAGGAUUCACGAGUCUAAUUUCUCGAAUCCGUCAAGUUCAUUGCCAUGAAUGUUACAUAUCACUUGCGUGCAUGAUGAGGUUGUUGUUAAGUGGAUUAUCCAUCCUUAACAUAUACAAACAAUUGCCCAUAUGAAUUCUUUUACACUGCACGCUGUGCGCACACACACAAACACAUAUAUGCACCUGCUCACAGAAGCACACAUACAAUUUUCUUAACUAGCAAGGAGAAAGACAGUAGACCUCUUUCCAGACACAAACACUCACACAUGCAAUGCACUAUUCUAAAUAUUUGCUAUGUUGUAAUAUUCUAUGCAACUUGAAAACUAAUGGCUUUGAUGGUGGCAUUAUGUACUAUACAAGGUGAAUGUUGAGUCUGUUCAAUCUUACAGCACAACCUUUGUUCUAAUGGUGUUUGAUUCUUUGGCCCAUGCCCAAACAUGCCCUUUUGGGCAUGUCUAAUGCUCUCUCAGCAUCCCCACUAAUCCAUUGCAUUGGGACCAACACAUUCCAUCAGUGCCAACUAAAAUACGAUCUAGUUCUCAAAGUUUGCAUUUAUUUGAAAUAAUUGUGGAGAUACAAAAAUAAAAAUGUAUCAUCUAAGUCAAUCAUGAAUGCAUGCCAAAUAUGAGUGCGUAUCUAAUGUGAAGUCAAGGGGGCUAUUCAUUGCUCCAUUAAUCAUUAUGCUGGUUAGAACAGUAUGAAAAUGCCGGAUCUUAAUACACAUGGCUCGAACUUGCUAGGGCCUGGAACUGGAAUCGGUCAGAGAAUUCAAGUCAGAGCCACACUUGAGAAAAUUUAUGGGAAAAUAACAACAGGGACCCAAGGCUCGGGGUAGAUGACUCCCUCCAGAAUCAUUAGUUACCAAACCCGAGCUGACUCGGGUCAUUUAUGUAUAUUUACCCAAAUUGCCAACAAUUGAAUUCAUGUCUUAGUGAUGAAACAUCAUUCCCAUGUGGAAGGAAUACUAAUAUUGGUCCUAUAUUCUGGCCCAUAAAAGGCACACAUGAUGACCCCUAAAAAAAAUAACGAGCUAACUUUGAUCAAGAAUUCGAUGUAGAAGCUGAUGAGAUUCAUUGCAAGCCAGAAAACCACUAAUAGAUAAAUUUUUUUAAAAGUGAAACAAAACCAAAAACAACCAAAUGAGCUGGAAAAAGUAUACAAAACAUGGGUUUAGAAAGAAAUGAUUUAUGGUUGGAGACAAUGCAAGAAAAUCUAAGAAAAAGGGGAAAAUACAACAAUAGAAUAUAUGAGAAUAAAAACUCACAAAUGAAUGUAAACAAAUAUAAAUUACAUACAUAAUUUUGGUACAUGAAUUUGAUUUUUUUUUUUUGAUAUGCCCAAGUUGUGCCCCUGUACUAGGGGUCAGCAUGGCAAGUCCGAGUAGGCCGACUCCAAGUGGAGCCAGCUCCAGAAUUUAACUACUUUUCGAAAGCAAACCCGAUGAUCCAUAAAUAUCAGAAAAUAAUAACCGGGUGAUUCAUAAUAUCAGAAAAUAGGGAACAUCUUUUUUUGGUUGAUGUUAGGCCAUAUGCAUGGAUUUUCAAGGCUCAAAAGUGAGAAAUGUAGCCCCAAGCAUUGAAGUUAAGCCGACCUAAUCACGAAGUCAUGUCAUACUAUCAAAACUUUGGGCUGAAAAUUUUGAACUUGUAAGCAAAAUUGGGGAAUAUCAAUGAAGAGAAAAACAAGAGAAAGAACCACCAAAGACGAAGAAUUUGAAAUCAUAAAUAGGGGAUUCUCAUCGAAAAUAACAGGGAUUGAGCUCAAGGCAAGACUGUAUAAUGCCCUAGAUUUCAUGGAUUUGGGGGCAAGAGGGAGAUAACCAAGACCCUAGUGUUAAUACCAAAGAAACGCAAACCGAAUCGCGCAGAUGUCAGAAACAUGCAUAUCCAUUGUUGUGAAAUUCUGAGAAGUGGUGGGAAGCAUUUGCGCGUGCUCCAACCCCAUUUCUGCUAAAAGCUCCUCGUUUAUGGUGGUGCUUCACCAUGUGAGAUCACCGGCCCAGAGAAUUCUGCCAAAGAAUGAAGAACACCGGCCCAGAGA